AUGUCUGAAAGGGCGAAGCUGACCUCGGCAUUUGUCUGUCCAUUUGGGCACUUCCAAUGGACUCGCAUGUCAUUCGGACUCAAGAAUGCGCCGCUGAUAUACCAGUCAGUUAUCAACAAUUGCUUGUGGGGAUUUGUGAGACUGCCUCCCGAAGAGGGAAGCCGAGUUGACCAAAAUGUUUUGGACUUUCUAGGUUUGGACCCUUCAGAUAACCAAGAAUCGGAAAGUGGUCGUCCACAGGACGAGGUGAAAAGACUCCCAGACUCCAUGACCGUCUUCCAAAGGAAUAUCCUCAUGCCCUCGCACAUUCACCCGGUGCUGGGACGAGCGAGUUUGGAAAAUCGAUCGAUUCCUUACCCUUCACUCGAAAUUAGUGCAGAAGGUAUCCGCGCGAUCCCAAAAGUUGCGAAGGGUGUUAUGAAUCUACCGUUUCCCAAAUCCCACAAAGGUGUACAGUCGUUUCUCGGAAGUUUAAACUACUACCACAGGUUGAUUGAGGAUUUUUCGCGGUUCUUUACGAACUUUCGCAAGAUCAGAUACGUCAGGAACGAGAUCUCUCACGGGCUCAUGAAUCUUUUGAAAUGCUUAAAAACCAAAGACCGUUGCGAGUCCAAUGUUGAGACAUCCGGACAUCCAAAUGUCAUUUGUUAUCAUCCCGCACGCGAACCGAUGGGCCGCUUGUGCAGGCAUAGCCAAGAAUACGAUGGAAAAGUACAACCAGUGCGAUGUACAAGAUGCGUUCAUAACGACGCCGAGCUCAGGUAUCAUAUUGCCGAAAAUGAGGUAAUCGCUAUCCUGAGGGAUUUGCAAAUCUUUCGGACAAUUCUGGAAGGCCGACAACUGAUCAUCUACACGAGAUAUUCUGUUUUGAAAUGGGUGUUGCAGUCUAAGUCGGCGAUGGGAGGUGCAUUCCUUCGGGUAUCACACUUUCACAUUGGAAUAUCGAAAUCCGGAAAAGUCCAAAUGGAUGAAGAGGGAUUUGUAGCCAUCAUGGGUGCAGGGAUCACACCACGAGAAUAUUUCGAUGAGACACUGGUCCCUCUGAAAGGACAUGUGCGAAGACAACCGGUGGGAAGUGUUGAGAAUCUAGGAAGUGAUUUUCAGGGAGUCGUCCUGCGCCGCAAAACCCUCCACCAAGAAAUGAAGCUGUGGUUGUGUGCUAUGGCGGUUUCCCGGUUGGAAUGUCCUGAAAGUGAAGAGUUUCCUUUUGGGCAACGUCACUGCGAAUGA